AUGAUUAUUGAUUUUUCAGUUGAAGAAGAAGAAAUGGAAUGUACUGAAAGAGCAGAACAAUCAUUUGAUUUUAAAAACUAUCUGAAUACGUAUGCUAAAGGAAGUAUCAUGAAGAGCUAUGGAUUAUUAUUAGCUGAAUAUCAAACUAAUACAACUCAUACCAACCACUGUAUUAUUAAGAUGUUCUAUAGAGUAGCUAUAGAGUUAGGUUAUAUAGGAAUGUUAUUCCAAGCUUCUAUAUUUCGUACUUUUCAAUUGUUAAUGUAUGGUCCUUAUAUCAAACUACCAAGAUACAAGGAAAUGGUAAAAUUUGGAACCUAUCUUAUCAGUCAUUUUGUAAAAGCUGCAGAAGGAAAUCCCAAGAUAUUUAUGGAGAUAUUAUUUUGGAAGAGCAGUCCUGAAGCUAUGGAUAUAAUACAUGGUUAUGGUUACACUGCAAAUAAUAAAAGUAAAUCAUCAUGGACAGAAGAACAAGAACAGGAAGUAUUAAGAUUAUUUGAAGAGUCUAGUCAAGUUACUGAUCCAGAGAAAGAUGUAGCAGAUAGAAUCAUGGAGAGAUUAACUGACCCCACUAAAACUAGAAAUCAGUUGAUACGACAAUUAAAAAGACAAGGUUUAAUAGAUAGUGCUGCUGAUUUAAAAACUAAAAAGAGGUAUGAUACUACACAAUGGAGAGAAGAAGAAGAGUUAGUUUUAAGAACAUUAUAUGAUAGAUAUAAAGAUUCUGAUGAUCCUAUUGGUAAUAUAUUAAACAGUGAUGAUAUUAACAGAUCUAAAUCUCAUGUUAUUAGUAAAUUAAUAGAGUUAGAUAUAAUCUAUGAUAAAAGUCAAGUUGAUAAAAAACAUAAAGCAAGUCGUAAAAAGGCCUCAGUACAGUGGGAAGAAGAAGAUGAGAUAAAAUUAAGAGCCCUAUUUGAAGAACAUAGACAUGCUGAAGAACCUUUAAGAGAUAUUCUAUUAUCAUUAAUUGGUAAAAGUAAAAAUCAAGUUAUAGACAAGUUAAUAGAUUUAGAAUUAAUCUGUCAUAGAGCAGAGAUUGAUAAAAAAUAUAAAAACAAAAAGAAGAAAGCUCAAAAAGACGUGUGGGGUAAUUAUGAUGGAGAAGAGAACCUGCCUGAUUUCUCCAGUAGUGAUGAAGAAACCAGACAAAGAAGAUUAGAUUGUACUUCCAAUUUAUUAGAAAGAGCUCAGAAUAGUGAUGAAGAGGAACACAAUGAACAGAGUGAUAAGAGUGCUAGUGACAGUAUAAGUAGUGAUUUAGAUGAUGCAAGUGAUGAUGAUAGUGAUCAUGGUGGACAUGAUUCUGAUCCAUCACCAAAAGGCCCUUCAUCAUCUUCUUCACCUGUUAAUAUGAAAGAGAUGAUUAGUGAUAUUGUUAAAUGUGGUUAUAAAGAUCAAAUGAAGUGGUUACAGAAAUCAUUACAGAGAACAGCUGCUAACAGACAGAAAAACAAUAGCCGUUUACCUAUAGCUGUUGUGCCUUUAACAGAAGAAAAUGAAAAUGCUAUGGAGGAUGAGAAAUUUUUAACAUUCAUGAGACAUAUUGGAUUUUCACCACCAUCUAACGAGCAGGAAGCAUUUUGGAGAAUACCUGGAGAGUUGUCACCAGAUGAAUUGACUUGUAUAGUACAAGGUUUAGAGUUAGAUGAUAAUGAUGAACCUUCUAAUGCUGAUCAAAUACCUACUUCACUUCUUCAACAAAAUAAACAGUCCCAUCAAAAUGACAAGAAAAAAGCUAAAGAAGAGAAGAAAUUAAAAAAGAAGCAAGAGAAAGAAAGAAAAGAAAAAGAAAAGAAAGAAAAUGCAGAAAGGAAAAAGAAACUGAAAUCUAAAUUAGAAGCUCUGAAAGAAUCUCGUAAAAGAAAGAGAUCAGUGAAUAAUAAUGAUAGUGAUAGCAGUGAUGAUGAAGUAUCUAAAAGGAAACAAAAACCAGCAAGAAAAGGUAGAAAAAUCCAGAAGAUGGUGGAUUCUGAUAGUGACAGUAACAAGAUUAUCAAACUGACUAAUGGACAGGAAGAGAAAAUGUCAGAAAGUGAAAACAAUAAUAAUUUAUCAAUACAUAGAAAGAAGUCACGCACAUUACAGUCUGACAGUGAAAGUGAAAUAAAUAAUGAAAAUAAGGAUAAGAGUGAUAAAGAUGAUAAUAAAGAUGAUGAUAUAGAAAUGAGUAAUACAGAUUAUAGAUUACAGUUACAAUCUGAGAGUGAGGUAGAAGAAUCUCAAGUUAGUAAUGAAAAUAAACAGUCAACUAUAAAAUCUGAUAGUGAUAGUGAUGAUCAACCAUUGAAAAAGACAUCUGAAUCAUUUCCAGCCACUAUGUUAACACAAGGUACAGAUUCUGAUUCAGAUGUUAAUGAUCAUAUACCAUUACGUAAAGUAUUAAAGAAACAGAUUAUCUCAAGUGAUGAAGAUUGAAUAUAUAUCUCUGAUAAGAAACAUGCCCCAAAAUAAAAUAUUUGAACAAGAUACAUAGUUGACUGUUAAGAUUUUCUAAUGUCAUUAACAUUUUUAUAAUGAGGAAUUAAGAGCCAAGUGUUUUUGUUUUGUUUUUUUUGUUGCAAAAGAAUAAUGUAAAUUUCUGUUUAAGGCCAGCUACCCUUAACAUAACCCACAUAAUAAUAUAUAUUUUAUAGAUUCAUAAAUGAUUAUAUGUGCUUUUUAUAUCAUUAAACAAUAACU